UGGCGCCCACCAAGCCCAGCUUUCAGCAGGAUCCUUCCAGGCGAGAACGUUUACAAGCAUUGAGAAAGGAGAAAUCCCGAGAUGCCGCUCGGUCCCGCCGGGGAAAAGAAAAUUUUGAGUUCUAUGAAUUGGCCAAGUUGUUGCCUCUUCCUGCAGCCAUCACUAGCCAGCUGGACAAGGCAUCCAUCAUUCGACUUACAAUUAGCUAUCUGAAAAUGAGGGACUUUGCUAACCAAGGGGACCCUCCUUGGAACUUGCGAAUGGAAGGCCCUCCACCUAACACAUCAGUCAAAGGUGCACAACGAAGGAGAAGCCCCAGUGCACUGGCCAUUGAAGUAUUUGAAGCACAUUUGGGAAGUCACAUUUUGCAGUCCCUGGAUGGCUUUGUAUUUGCACUAAAUCAAGAAGGAAAAUUUUUGUACAUUUCUGAAACCGUCUCCAUCUACCUAGGCCUCUCACAAGUGGAGCUGACAGGCAGCAGCGUCUUUGACUACGUGCACCCGGGGGACCACGUGGAGAUGGCAGAGCAGCUGGGCAUGAAGCUCCCGCCGGGGCGGGGUCUCCUCUCGCAGGGCACUGCUGAGGACGGAGCCAGCUCGGCAUCUUCCUCCUCCCAGUCGGAGACCCCUGAGCCAGUGGAGUCAACCAGCCCCAGUCUGCUAACCACUGACAACACCCUUGAACGUUCCUUUUUCAUCCGAAUGAAAUCUACUCUGACCAAACGCGGCGUGCACAUCAAAUCAUCAGGAUAUAAGGUGAUUCACAUAACAGGCCGGCUACGACUGAGGGUGUCCCUAUCCCACGGGAGGACCGUUCCCAGCCAAAUCAUGGGUCUUGUGGUUGUGGCUCAUGCCCUGCCUCCCCCUACGAUCAAUGAAGUCAGAAUUGACUGCCAUAUGUUCGUCACUCGAGUAAAUAUGGACCUCAAUAUCAUUUACUGUGAAAAUAGGAUUAGUGAUUAUAUGGAUCUAACCCCCGUAGACAUCGUAGGGAAGAGAUGCUACCACUUCAUCCACGCUGAAGACGUCGAAGGCAUCAGGCAUAGUCACUUGGACCUGCUGAAUAAGGGCCAGUGUGUGACGAAGUACUACCGCUGGAUGCAGAAGAACGGAGGAUAUAUUUGGAUACAGUCUAGUGCCACCAUAGCUAUUAAUGCCAAGAACGCAAAUGAGAAGAAUAUCAUCUGGGUGAAUUAUCUUCUUAGUAAUCCUGAAUACAAGGACACACCCAUGGAUAUCGCACAGCUCCCCCACCUGCCUGAGAAAACGUCGGAAUCUUCGGAGACAUCCGACUCUGAAUCAGACUCUAAAGAUACCUCAGGUAUUACAGAGGACAACGAGAAUUCCAAGUCCGACGAGAAGGGUAACCAGUCCGAGAACAGCGAAGACCCGGAACCCGACAGGAAGAAGUCAGGCAACGCGUGCGACAACGACAUGAACUGCAACGACGACGGCCACAGCUCCAGCAACCCGGACAGCCGCGACAGCGACGACAGCUUCGAGCACUCGGACUUUGAGAACCCGAAAGCGGGCGAGGACAGCUUCGGCGCGCUGGGCCCCAUGCAGAUCAAGGUGGAGCGCUACGUGGAGAGCGAGUCCGACCUGCGGCUGCAGAACUGCGAGUCCCUCACGUCCGACAGCGCCAAGGACUCGGACAGCGCGGGCGAGGCGGGCGCGCAGGCCUCCAGCAAGCACCAGAAGCGCAAGAAGAGGCGGAAACGGCAGAAGGGCGGCAGCGCCAGCCGCCGGCGCCUGUCCAGCGCGUCGAGCCCCGGCGGCCUGGACGCGGGCCUCGUGGAGCCCCCGCGGCUGCUGUCGUCCCCCAACAGUGCCUCGGUGCUCAAGAUCAAGACGGAGAUCUCGGAACCCAUCAACUUCGACAACGACAGCAGCAUCUGGAACUACCCGCCCAACCGGGAGAUCUCCAGGAACGAGUCCCCCUACAGCAUGACCAAGCCCCCCAGCUCCGAGCACUUCCCGUCCCCGCAGGGCGGCGGGGGCGGCGGGGGGCUGCAUGUGGCCAUCCCCGACUCGGUCCUCACCCCGCCGGGCGCCGACGGCGCUGCCGCCCGCAAGACUCAGUUCGGCGCCUCGGCCACCUCGGCCUUGGCCCCCGUCGCCUCCGACCCGCUGUCGCCCCCCCUUUCGGCGUCCCCUCGGGACAAGCACCCCGGGGGCGGCGGGGGCGGUGGUGGCGGCGGGGGCGGCAGUGGGGGCGGGGCUGGCGGCAGCGGGGGCGGCGGCAGCGGGGGCGGCCCCAGCGCGUCCAACUCCUUGCUGUACACUGGGGACCUGGAGGCGCUGCAGAGGUUGCAGGCGGGCAACGUCGUGCUCCCGCUGGUGCACAGGGUGACGGGGACCCUGGCCGCCACCAGCACGGCCGCGCAGAGGGUCUACACCACCGGCACCAUCCGCUAUGCGCCCGCAGAGGUGACCCUGGCCAUGCAGGGCAACCUGCUGCCCAACGCGCACGCUGUUAACUUCGUGGACGUUAACAGCCCCGGCUUCGGCCUCGACCCCAAGACGCCCAUGGAGAUGCUCUACCACCACGUGCACCGGCUCAACAUGUCGGGACCGUUCGGGGGCGCCGUGAGCGCCGCCAGCCUGACGCAGAUGCCCGCCGGCAACGUGUUCACCACGGCCGAGGGACUCUUCUCCACGCUGCCCUUCCCCGUCUACAGCAACGGCAUCCACGCGGCACAGACUCUGGAGCGCAAGGAGGACUGAGGCGCCGCCCAGCGCGGGCCAGGGCUCCGCCCGGAGGCAUCGUCUGCGUUUUCGUUUAGACCUUUUAAUUCUAGCACUUUGAAUUCGAGCAGGUCAGCGUCCUCUCUCACCACGACGGCCCCCGUCCCACCCCCUCUUUCUUUAACUUGACUUAUUCUUUCCUGUAAAGAUAUGUUUAUUUUUUGCCUUCAGAGAGUCAGAUGACCAGUUGCCUGCCAUUUUGUCUUCUUCUGAGAUGUGUGUUGGGUUGUUUUGCUUUCCUUUGCAUCUUUAUUAAGAUGUCUUUAAUGUGCAUAUGCCUCUGCCAUAGAAUACUCAGUCUUGUGGUCAAGAGAUUUCUCAAGUGACAACCAUGGGGUUUCUUCAGCAAGAUCUUGAUAUGAUCAAGAUUGAAAGAGACAAGCAUAAACAAUGUGCCCUGUUUGACUAAGUCAAAUGAAAUGGGGUGGUUUUUCUUUUGUUUUGUUUUGGUUCCUAAUUCCUUUAAAAAAAAAAAAAAAUA